AACUUUUUUUCAAUACAAAGUGAAAUUAGUUCUCUGAAAUAAUUCGUGUAUUUUGUUGGUUAACUCAAAUGCAUCACUAUGGCAAGUCCAUUUUGUUUUCUCUGUGCAAGCGACGAAGGCGUUUUCUUGGAUAUCACCAUUGAGAACAAACAAACGUUUCAGCAGCAAUUCGACAUUUGUUCACUGAAAAAGGUACCCACAGCAAAUCAAUUACCAACUAAAAUUUGUCACAAAUGUGCAUAUGAGCUAAAACAUUGUAGUAUCUUUAUACAAAAAUAUAAAAGAACUAUAAAGCAUAGAACAAAAUUUCGGGCAAAACAGACUUGCAGUUUAUGCUUUCAACAACCAAGGAAGGAGUACAUUUUUGAUCUGAAAAAUGAAAACUCUUCACAGUGUAAUUCUCUUAACAAAAUACAAAAAGUGUUUAACGAAGAAGUUAAAAAAGAUGAAGAGUACCAGUUUAUAUGUUUGUCUUGUCGAUACACGGUGGAUGUAUUGUGCGAUUUGAAAAAUUUAUCACAAGAAAUUGCAUCCAAAUUGGAUGAUAUAAUCAACAGGGAAAUAGAUUAUUUAAAUUUUCCCAAAGUAAGAACAACUGUUAUAAGUCGCAAAACUACAAUCACAGAAUCUGCUAGAGUAGCAUUGAAAACAACAGAGGAUAUUGAUAACGAUACUAAGAAAAUGACACGUAAACGAUCUAAAAACAAAGUAAUUAAUAAUAAGUUGACUAAUAAGGUUAGUAUAAAAUCAACAGAGGAACUUUGCGAAGAAUGUCACAAGUCUAAUAAAACUCACAUAAUUGAGAAAACAGGUCAAACUGUGUGUAAAAGUUGCUGGGAAAUUAAGAGUUCUGUUGCAAAGGAAGUUGAAACUCCCCAAACUUUAGUAGAAACUAAAGUAUGCAAAGUUUUUCUGAAGGAUGUUUUAAGCCAGGUAGCAUCGAAGACGCAGAAGCUUUAUGAAAUUGAAGAAGAUGAGCAGGGUAGGAAAAAAUAUAGAGUAACAGAGAAAGAAGUCGACGGGCAGGGUAGGAAACAAUACAUAGUAACAGAGAAAGAAGACGUUGAACAAAGUAGGAGAAAACACAAAGUAACAGAGAAAGAAAACGACGAGCAGGGUACGAAAAAACAAAAAGUAACAGAGAAAGAAGACGACAAGCAGAGUAGGGAAAAACUGAAAGUAACAGAGAAAGAAGACGACGAGCAGGAUAAGAAAAAACACGAAGUAACAGAGAAAGAAGAUGACGAGCAGAGUAGGAAAAAACAAAAAGUGACAGAGAAAGAAGAUGACGAGCAGAGUAGGAAAAAACAAAAAGUUACAGAGAAAGAAGACGAUGAGCAGGGUAAGAAAAAACACAAAGUAACAGAAAAAGAAGAGGACAAGUCGCUCAAAGAAAGUACUGAUGUAGAAAGCGAAAGUGGAAAACAUCCUAUUGCAAAAGUAAAUACUGAAAGCACGGAGAACACAGACAAACCAAAUAAGAAACAGGAAUCAAAUAUGAAAGAGGAAAUCGAAGAAUCUAAGUCAGUGUCACUAACAGAAUCCACUACGCAGAGAUUAACACGCAGUAGAAAACCUAAUACACUGAACACUAGUCAUAGCUCUGACUCGGAUUCUACUAUACUCAGUAACGUAAAGGAAAGCGUGACACCUCUAACCAGACAUAAAAGGGCAACCAAUUCGUCCUUAUCCGAUACAGAUGUUGACAACAAACGUGAACGUAAAAGAUUAAAAAGCAUUUUGGCGGGUAAUACCGCAUUGAAGGGUUUUAAUAUCAGUUGUGAAUCUUCGUCAACCGAUGAUGCUGCACCGAAAAAGAAGAGAUUAAGAUUUACAAGUGAAUCACCUGUAAUGAUUGAUGUAACAAACACGAAAAAUGUGGAUGAAAGGCUCAGGAGGAAUUCGUCGGCGGAAAACCCUUCUACAGAAAAAAAGAUUGUAAAAUCGGCUUUGGUGAAAAAACCACAACGAAUAGUACAGUCUUCUUCUGAAUCUGAGGACAACAAAUUUGCCGAUGACAAAAGUGAGACAUACUCCUGUAAGGAAUGUGGAGUUAAUUACAAUAACAAACUUAUAUUUUUGACACACGAAUUGACACACUGUAAACAACCGAGAUUAAAGUUACAGAAAGUGAUUGUUAAAAGUACAGCGAAAGAGGUAUCAGACGUAAGCGAAGCGGUAAUUAAUCAACGCGAGGAACAGUCAGAGUCUGUUGAGAUUACAGUAAACGAUGGCGAGGACGAAAAAGCGACUGAAAAUAGUAAUUUAGAUGUCAGUAGUCAUAAAGAUUUAAGUUCUUGCGAAACAGUACAAGAUACGAUUAAGGUGGAAGAUUCAACAAAAGGAUCCAGUACCGAUCAAAAUGAAACGACUGAGAAACCUAAUAAAAGGAGGAAAAUCGUAAGAAGGCAAGGCAAUAAGAAACAAGACAAGGAGCAUGGGAAAGAAGAAGAGAGUGAAAGUAAGAUAACAGAAGUAGUUAAAGAAACGAAAGAAGUAGAAAAGGAGAACGAAACGAAUGACCAAGUUUCAGUACAUCUGAAAAAAAAAAUUGUGACCGCCAGCGAAGAAACUUCGAGUGAACCGAAGCCCAGUAGAGAUAUCAGUAAUGAAGUUGUUGACGAAGAUAAAUCAGAUUCUUGUAAAAAAGCUAGUGAAAAUGAGCCUGAAUCGACAGACAAGUUAGAUUCCUCUGAAAAACCUGAAGAAAACGAGGUACAAGAUACAGACAAGCUUGAUUCCUCUGAAACGCACGAAGAAAACAAGAUUGAAGGGAAAGACGCCGAGAGUGAGAAAGUGGUACAAAUCGAUGAAGAUAGUUCUGGCAGUGUUGAAGAAGUAACCGAGAAAAUAGAAUCUGAUGAUGAUGUACAGUGCACGGAAAUAGAUAGUGGUAAGUAUAAGAAAGUAGAAUCUGAUGAUAAGAUACAGCGCACACAAAUAGACGAUGUUAAGACGGAGAAAUUAGAAUCCGACGAUGAUGAGGUACAGUGCAAGCAAUCAGCUGGUGAUAUGACUGAGAACAUAGAAUUCGAUGAUGACGUUGAUGAGGUACAGUGCACGGAAAUAGAUAGCGGUAAGUCUGAGAAAUCAUCGUUGCAUAAUGUAGUAGAAAUUGCUAAAAAAUGUAGUACGAACGGUGACAGUAACGAAAUAAUCGACGACGAUGUGGAAAUGAACGCGCCGCCGGAACAAGUGGAACCAAUUACGGAUUCUGCGGACGUGGCCGCUGAGGUCUUGCAAGAGGUUCUCGAUUUGGCGAAUGCGGAAGUUCAGAAACGUCAAGAUGUCGAUGCCAGUAGCAACGGAAACAAUCUCGAGGAGGCGGAAACGUUAGAAAACAUAUCGCGCGAAAUAGAAAGUAGCGGUGACACGCAUCUCGACGAAUUGGAAGCUUCUCCUGCGGUCAGUUCAUAAGUUGGGCACAGUCUGUUCUCUUUUUUCUUUCUUUUAUUAUUUAGUGAACAUUCGAUCUUACGUGGCUUAAACUACUUUUUCAUUCGAAUCUUCGCGAAAGAAGAAUUAUUACAGAAUUAAUGAACUUUUGUUUC